ACUGACAAACCUGGAGGAGGAAGCCUGAUGGAUUGGGCCUCUUUUGCUGGAUCCCGAAAUGUGCCAAAGGCAAACCACUGCAAUUUGAGCGAAAAACCAUGAAGUUAUCCGCAAACGUCUCUUGAUUGAUGGGGAUGGUGCCGGUGAUGACCGAAGAAUUAACCUUCUGGUGAAAGGCUUUGUGAAGUGGUGUAACUCGGGAUCACAGGAGGAUGGAUACGCCCAGUACCAGCGGAUGCUCAGUACUCUAUCUCAGUGUUCCUUUUCCAUGGGAAAAACUCUCCUGGUUCAUGACAUGAACCUACGUGAAAUGGAGAACUAUGAGAAGAUCUACACUGAUAUUGAGAGCAGUAUUGUAGCUGCGCACGAAAAAAUUGCUGAGUGCAAGAAACAGAUUUUACAGGCCAAGCGUAUCCGGAAAAACCGCCAAGAAUAUGAUGCAUUAGCCAAAGUCAUACAACAUCACCCGGAUCGCCAUGAGACCUUAAAGCAGCUUGAAGCCCUGGACAAGGAGCUGAAGCAGCUGUCUCACACCAAGGAGAGCGUUGAGGACAAGCUGGAAUUAAGGAGGAAGCAGUUCCAUGUCCUGCUAAGUACUAUUCAUGAGCUCCAGCAAACACUGGACAACGAUGAGAAACUUGCUGAAGAAUCUCAAGAUUCACAAAUGGAAACUGAAAAUCAGCAAUAAGACUUAUGUGUCAUAUGUUUUGUGUAAGUUAUUAAAAUGUCCAAGUGGUGAUAAAAAAAACAAGUGGCAGCUUGGAUGAGCGUUACCUAUUUGGCCACCAUUUUGUUACACCUAUCUUACCCCGAGGAUGAAUCUUGAACAUUAUAGUAUAAUGUGGAGAAGACGCUAGUCCCUGCUAUGCUUAGUUCUGCUUUCCAAAGGUGAAGGCAGCCAUUUUGUGUACUUUCUGCUGUAUAUUGGUUCAGACCAGAAAAUGGCUUCCUCCUCUGUGUCAGCAGUGUGGACGCUUUAAAAGGUAGAAAAAGAUGUGUGAAUGGUUCUGUCAGUAGUAUAGAUUUUCAUCGGAAAUAAAACUUGACUUGGAUUUAGAUGUUUUUAUACACUUUACAAUAAAUGAGCUGCUCAAUGCUUUA